AUGGUGAUUAGCCACAAGGCAAGGAUGGGAGAUCUGGUGCUACAGGAUCUCUAUGCUCCGAUGAUAGACUCAGGGCUGAGAGUUAAGCAGAAAGACAUGUAUCAUGUCUCUAGAAGGCGAAAAGUGAAUGCACAUAAUCUUGCACAGGAGAAUGGUGUAAAUGAUUUCCUUCCUCUUGGAAACUUAGAGAAAGUUGUAAAAGAAAUUGAUGAUCAGCCACUUCCACUUGUUGAUGGGAUUGAAGAUCAACUUGUGGAGUUUUCGAUAGCCAUGAGAAGUCCAACAUUUGCUAAGAAUCUUGGAAACUUUGAGCAAAAAGUAGGAGGCUCGGGAUCCUUGAAACACUAUCCAAUUGAGCUUGAAAAUGGUGAAAAAUCUCAGAGGUGUUGUGGAGAAAAUGGGAUUUGCUCUCAUGUCUUGUUGAUGUGCAUAGUGACAAGCAAAGUAGCUCGAGAUGUUGUGAAGGUGGGCAACAAGUUUUUUUUAGCUCAACUGUUAUUUGUUGAAGACUUUCAUCUCUUUCACAUUUGA